AUGACCAACUUGGGGAAGAACUUAUGUUUUUCAGCAGUGUGGGCAGGCCUCGUUAGCUUUCAGUUAAGGCGGGAGAGAAUUUCGGUUUUGGCUGCAGACCUGAACAUCAUUCAGUCAAUAACGUUUAUUGGGCGUCCACUGUACGCAAAACAGGGACGUCUCGCCCUGCGCCCCGCCCCGCCGCCACGCCCCCCAGCCGCGCCCGCGCCCCCCAAACCCACCUUGGACUCCCGCCCCCUCUUGGCGACGGCCAAUGCCCGGCCGAGGAGCGCGCCGGAGGCUGAGGAUUGGUCGGCGCCGCGUUGCCGGGGUGACGGGUGGGUCCGGCGGGGUCCCCGAGUGGGGCGCGGGCGAGGGGCGCCGCCGGUUUCCGCCCCGCCGCUUGCAGCCCGCCGCGCCUUGGCCCCUGCGGCCCUCGCCGGCCUCCCGUCCGAGGCGCGCCGCCCUCAGCUCGGUCUCCGCCCCCUGGACCUGCCGCCGGAGCCCCGGAGCGCGGCUUCCCCGGCCGGCGGCGCGAUGGGCUGCGGGAACUCCACCGCCGCGGGCGCGGGCGCGGGCCGAGGCCCUACAGGAUCAGCUAAAGAUGCAACAGAAGAAGCGAUAACAGAAGACGAGAAGAGGAGAAAUUAUGGAGGAGUCUAUGUUGGCCUGCCCUCUGAAGCUGUCAAUAUGGUGUCCAGUCAAACAAAGACGGUGCGGAAAAAUUAGAAGAAAAUAGCAUCACAACUCAAUAAUCAAGAGACCAAGAGCUUGCGGAUCAAUUUGGAAGGAAUUUGGCCCCGGGGGACACUGUCCUGUGCACAGACAUUUGCUGGGAAAUUCUAAACGUUGCCCUUCCCUCUCUGCCCCUCAGAAUCUUAAGUGUGUACUUAUGGCCGUGGGUGCAUGCUGAGUGCUGCAGUCACAGAAGGGAAUGUGUUAGACAGUACACUUGGGUGUGGAACUUUCUGUGGUCUGCCUGUGCAAGGCAAGUUAGCAAACUGUCGUCAAGGUUGUUG